AUGAUAGCUUCCCGACCUCGUAGUACGACAAAGGGUCCACUUGAUCAGAUAGACGAUCCACUCGGCACCGAAACGGUGAACACACUGAGGCAAUCCUGCCCGGCAGCUCAAACUGAGCUGUCUGGUCUUUCCUUUGAGAAUCUGGAUCCACUUGCUCCUGAUGAUCUGCCACCUACCGUGGAGAAAGACCUCUCAUUCCUUCUUCGCUAUGAGAUAUAUCACUCUCUGUCACAGCUGGACAUCCCACAUGCAUUGCGCUCCGAAUUCAUCGUUCCAGCCUCCAGCGAGUCAUUAUCUUCGACUCUUCAAAAACUCGAGAAACUCCUGACGGAGGGCCAUUUCUUACUGGCAGCUCAUCUCAGUGGAACGAUACUGGCGUCUUCUCUGAUCAAACCCACAGACAUCAAACGCAUCUUUGCUUUGUUCUACACCCGGUUGGCAUGCCUACAGCUUUCCGGGAAUACCAUCAUUGCCGCACAGGAGUCUAAAGCUCUGGAGGACUUGACCUCUGCUUUUUACUACGUAGAGCCGCUACCUGAUAAAUCCGACAAAGAUCCGAGCUAUCCUCGCCAUAUUGUGCCAUGGCCUCUGAGGGCCUUAGCCGUGCGACUUCAAAGUAUAGGAUUCGGCGACUCUCGAAGGGGCAUUGGCGGUCUUUAUGAGAUUGGCCUGGAGGCAAGAAGGGAGAUCUUGCGGGCAGAUCUUGAUCCGGCGGAGCGGCAACUCUGGAGGGAACGGCUCGCGGACUUGGGGAUCCGGAACGUCAAUGCACUGAUCGAAAUGGGCGAUCUCAAUGCGGCCAAACAGGCACUCUAUAGUUUGCGCAUGUCAGGCGUAGACAAUGAAACCCGCAACGCAAGGAAGGCGCUCCUGUUGGUGUUGAUCGGCGAUCUUGACAGUGCCAGGCUAUUGUGCAGCGAGGGCAGUGAAAAUGAGCAGGGCUUCUUCAACGCCCUCUUCAGUAUGGCUGAGGGUCAAUAUAGCACGGCAGCCGACGAAUGGCGCAGUCUGCUGGAGCGCGAGCGCCAAAGACCUGACGAAGCCAUUAUCCAGCAGAACCUAGCAGUCUGCUUGUUGUACACUGGUCGACUGAAUGAGGCUCGUGAAGUUCUCGAAUCCUUGAUACAAAAAGAGCAUUCAUUCCCGAGCCUCGUGUACAACUUAUCGACUAUCUACGAGCUGUGUUCUGAGAAGGCUGGGAAGCUCAAAACAGAUCUUGUCGAGAUUGUAGCCAAACAACCAGUGACGGGAGUCCUAAACUUGGACCGGCCAAGUGCAGAUUUCAAGAUCUAA